CCAAGCAACAACGCGUGCUAAAAUGCUCCUCCGAUAUUAUAUGGUAUUUGCAUUACUCCCCAGUUUAAUGCUGGCAGACGUUUGUAAGAUACCUGAAUAUGAUAGGAAGGGAAAAAAGAUUACCCGUCGGAUGUGCUGCGAUGGCUAUAGACCAGAACGGAAAGUGCGUCACUCGAAAUACCUGUAGCUGCAACGAAGGCUAUGAUAAUAUUCAGCAUAAUCCGGCCUACAGUUGUGUUCCGGUUUGUAAGGGAGAAUGCAAGAACGGCGACUGCACGGUCCCGCCAUUUUGCAACUGCUACCCUGGCUACGAAUGGAAUAAAUCCACUGGAGAUUGUGAUCCUGUGUGCAGCAAUGAUUGCCCCAACGGACGCUGUGAGUCCCCAGGGAAUUGUAUCUGCAACCAGGGAUACAGUAAAAAUGAGACACAGAUGGACUUGGGAUGUCAGCCCGUCUGCGAAGUUGAAUGUGAUGAUAAUAGAGUCUGUGUGGCUCCCAAUAAAUGUGACUGGCCUUUCUCGAAACAAGAAGUUUCAAAAGUUGGUGAGAUUAUCUUUUUAAGGCGAUGGAUGAUCGAGUUCGCAGUGGGCUUAGUGUUCCUGAUAAUACUGAUAAUAUCAGUUUGGAUUCUAAUUUCUAGACAUAAUAAACGAGUUAACGCGGUAGCUCGCACAGAAAAAGAUUAUUCUCUCUAUGUGAUGGAUAAUAAAAUAGAUGUACAAGAAAUUUAGCAAAUUUCAGUGUAUCAAUAUACAACAAAGUAAUAUUUAAGCCAAACAUGUAAACAAUAUAAUUUACCUUAAAAUUUUAUUCAUUAAAAAUAAAUAAGAUUUUGAAGUAUUAA